AGAAAAUGAAGAAAGAAUGGGUUUGAAAGGGAAGGUUAGGAGGUAGGGUUUUUGCUUUUAUAUGGCAAAAUGCUUGUAUUAUUCAAAUGUUUUAAUAAUUAUUGUAAAGCAGAAACAGAAAGAUUGCAUGUCAGAAAAUGUUUGUGUUAUUUAUAAUUUGACUGUACGACACCAUAUGAUUUUCAAGAAUGCGAUAUUCUGCCUACUCUGUACUACAGCCUACGUCACGGCUGCAGUUCCCCCACUCCAAUUGCAUUUCAACGAAAAUACUAUAGAUGAGUGACCAACCUUCUGUCUACUAACUUUGAUCUGUAACAGCCUAAUUGUUUGAUAAGAUGUCAGUGAAGGGAAUAUUUAACGUCGAUGGGGAAAUUUCCAUCUGAUGACAAACAGCAUGGUCCCCCUCCCCCACCGGCGCAGCGUCGCUGUGCCUAAUCAUCAAACGUUUUGUAUGCGCAAUCGAAAAAUAACCUAAACCGACCCAAUCGAAAGAUAAAGACACAGUGAAAUGGCGUCAGUGGACAACAUCUCAUUAAUCGACAACAAGCCACCAGACGACCAACGGUGGAACAAUAUCAAGCUACGUGAUGCGGGAUUGCAGUACAUUUCGAAAUCGGGAAGAAUUGUGCCAGCUAAAAAGCAACCCGGUGAAAUAUGCAACUGCCCUCAACGAUGUACGGACAAAGUACCGCACGAAAUUCGUGAAAAGCUAUUCAUUGAAUUUUACAAAAUGGCAGAUCAAGUACAUCAGAAUCGUUUCUUGCAAAAGUAUAUAGAAAUGAGGUCAGUGCAGAAGCGACUGUGGUCAGAGGAGCAUCGAGUGGAUGGUAGGCUGCAAAGAAGGGUUUCUUGCAAGUACCACAUUCCCAUUGAUGCAAAUUUCGACACAUGUCGUUCAAGAGAAAGUGACAAGGGGCAAUCCGCACAUAUUGUGAAAAAAUAUAAGAAACGUGCCAACAACAACACAGUCGAGGUAUGCCAGAAGGCGUUCAUGAACAUGUACACCAUAACAGAGAAAAGGGUUCGUUUUCUAAGAGAGAAACUAAUAAUGAAAUCAAGACAAAAUGUGAAGAAUGACACAACCCCAGCCACAGCCCCGCACAUUGAUGAAAUCGAGACUGCGUAUUCUCUGGCCAAGUAUAUGUUGAGCACAUUUGCAUCUCCUCUAUCACACAACAACUCGGCCAACAUUUCACAACAGACAAUUCUAUCCUCAAUCGAUCGUGAUAUUACUCUAGUCAACAAUUUCUUCUUCGAUCAAUUAUGGAAGCUUGAAGAAAUUGGAGAAACAAAAGGUCAAAAACCUAAUAGCACUCCAAUCGAGAUUAGUGUGGACGAUGAAAAUAACAAUAAUACAGACUGAGUUCUGUGCAUCUAUGACGGUGGAAGAACGAUUCAAACCAACUUUGUAAGAUAAAAUCUACAAUCGAAUUGUGAGAGCCUAAUUUAUUACCUGGUUCAAAUUUAUAUGGAUUUCAAUUUUAUAAACCAUUUUAUCAAUUUAAUGUAAAACAAUAAAUGAACUUUUCUCUAAAAUUUAGGACAGAGAGCAUUAAAAUUAUUUUCAUUAAAAAGUAUUAUAACGUA